AUGGGCAAAGUUCAAUCGAAAUAUAAUAGAAAUCGUUCCCAAUCCUGCACGACUCCAACCAGGGAUCACGAAUAUUGUGGCAAAAGAAAGUACUCGAUAUCUUAUGCCCUUCCCUUGAACAAUAACGAAGUGGACAGAUUGACGUCGCAACAUUAUAUCUUCAACAAUAUAUGGGGAGGAGACUUUUCUUCGCCCGUUCAUCGUCUGCUAGAAUGCGGUGGGGCAAAAGUCUUGGACGUAGGAUGCGGUCCAGGAGUUUUUGUGCUCGAGAUGGCAAACCGAUAUCCAAUGACUUCAUUCACCGGCGUAGAUAUUGCGGACGCUUACCCACAUUUUAUCAAACCCGAAAACACGUCAUUUAAAAGAGCGAACAUUACCGGUGGAUUACCUUUUGCUGACAACUCUUUUGAUUUUGUAUAUAUGCGCUUCAUGAUGUUUGCCCUUGUAAUAAAAGAGUGGCCAUUUAUAAUUAAUGAGCUCGCUCGUGUAUGUAAACCCGGAGGUUGGAUCGAAGUGAUGGAAAGGGAUAUUUACUGGUACAAUGAAGGAGAGAGAACAAAUAAGUGGAGAACGAAGGUUGUUGAAGGAUUAAGAAAUGAGAAAGGAAUCGAACUAAGCAUAUGUUCACACAUCCCUGGAUUCUUCAAAGCAAACGAACAACUAACGAAUUUUUCGAGUGACGAAAGAAUACAACCACUGGGAUCUUGGGCUGGACCAAUAGGCAAGUUCUCAUUGCAGAAUGAAUUUUUUCUCAUUUCCUUAAAAUGUAAGGCCUACGCACAAACCAUUAUGUGGGGAGCGAAGAAUCUAUCCCAAGCUAUAUCAACCAUAAGCUUUGAAGAAGGAGAAUAUGAAAAGUUAGUGGAAAUAGCUAUGGAAGAACUUGACAAGAACAAAGCAUUUGACAAAAGUCAUCGAUUUUGGGCCAUGAAAAAGCCCCUGUAA